GAACAAUAUACGGAGAGGGAACCCCCCACAGAAACAACACUCUGUCUUUUUUCAACAGUGUUCACCAUCACCGCUUUCAAGAACCUCCCCUUUUCUUCUUCAAUGCGUCCACCGCGAAAGAAGGUGAAUUUUCGCCCCGGCGACAAGGUGGAGGUGUGUAGCAACGAGGAGGGCUUCUUCGGCUCCUACUACCUCGCCACCGUCGUGUCGGCUCUCGACAACGGUCUCUACGUCGUACGCUACGACACGCUGCUCGAAGACGAUGAAUCCAAGCCGCUCACGCUGACCGUCUUCCCCAGAGAGCUCCGCCCUAAGCCUCCGCGCAUCGCCACCUCCUCCUCCUUCGCGCGCUACCAGCGCGUCGACGCCUUCGACAACGACGGCUGGUGGGUCGGCGAAAUCACCGGCAAAGUCGACCUCGACCGCUACUAUGUAUACUUUUCCACCACUCACGAGGAGAUCUUGUACCCCGCCUCCGCAAUUAGGGUUCACCAGGAGUGGAUCAACGGCCAAUGGAUUCGUUCCAAUUGAUCAAUUCACGUUUCAAUUGACGAAUUCCUGUAACCAAUCGUGGAUAGAUUUCCUGAGGUGGGUUUUAAUUUCAAUCUGUAAUAGAAUUGAACAUGAAACAUUGUGCCCUUUGUUGUUUAUACAUUUAAUUGUGCCUCCAUUUUCUCAUA